UACAACUCGUCGAUUCUCGGCGACACGAUUUCCAAGCUGGGCGAAGUGCACCGGUCGGCGUCCGACAUUCCGCCAGUGGUCAUUGCGCGCUGCCAGUUCCUCCUCGGCGCCGGCCGCGGCCACUUUAACAUUCUUAGCCUCAACUGCGAGCACGUCGCCAACUGGUGCAAGACGGGUCGGCUCUUUGCCAAGCAGAUCUUUACGUCCGGGCCGACGUCGAUCCCGUACGAGCGCCAGCGGUCCGUGUCGCAGCACCUCGACUCGCUCGUCUCGCAGGUUCACAAACUCAAGGACGAGUACCGGCUGACGCUCGAGACGCUCUGCUCGCGUUUGAACAGUCUCGACCCGAGCACGAACCAGCGGCGGCGCGUCUAUCUCAAGCUCAAGGACACGACCAAGUACGUUCAAGUCCGCGGCAACCUCUUGUACGUCGUCGAAGUCGACUUGGCCGAGACCGAGCCGCUUCUGCGGAACCUUCCGUCGCCGUUCUAUGCGCGCGCCGAGCAGACGGACAUCAACACGAUGAAGGUCACGUUCGAGGACGUCUCGAGCGGCCGUCUUGUGUGCUCCAAGGCCAAGUGCGUCAAGCUCAUUCGGCCGCGCAUCUACCACCGCGAGAACCUCUUCCGCUUCGAGUACGCGUACAACGGCGAGCUCCAAUCGCGCCGCCUGCGCCGGUGGUACGUGGGCGUGCAACCCAAGGACGGUCUCCUCCGCACGUCGGCGACGCGCGACUUUGCGUCCGAGUUUGAGCUUGUCGACGCCGACGCGCUUGAUAAGGACUUGGACGCGAGCGAGUGCAACCUCAAGCUGACGUACACAAGCUCGUCCGAGCUCGACGACCUCGACGACGAUGACGACGAGGGCGAAGACGACGAAGAGGACUCGGACGACGGCGACGACGGCGAAGACGACGUCAAAAGAACCACGUAG